AUGAUUUACAACAGACUCAAUUGGUACCUGGAGUCUCAUUCCUUUCUUGCCGAAGAACAGGCUGGUUUUCGGAGGUCAAGAUCAACUUCGCAUCAUGUAACUCUUUUUAGCCAAGCUUUAAAAGACGUUUUGGAUUCAAGGCAAGUUUUUACAGCAAUUGCUGUCGAUUUGAAAUCAGCAUAUGACACAGUUUGGAAAGAAAAUCUCCUACUCAAACUUUACAAUAUGGGAAUAACUGGACACAUGCUAAACUGGAUCAAAAGUUUCAUAGGUCAGUGCCUCUGCAGAGUCAGAUACGGAACAAAACUUUCAAAAUAUGGCCUUCUUCAGAUUGAACUCCCUCAGAGAGCAGUCUUAAGCCGUAUUCUUUUUAUAUAUCAACGACCUUGUCCAGAAGUUAAAAUCUAUCCCCGGUAUCAAAUGUCUACUCUACGUCGAUGA